AUGGACUUCCUCCCCGCCGUGCCCCGCGACGUGCCCAAGCAACUCUACAAGGCGGAGCUUACGCUGAGCGUCGGCGGCGGUUCGCGCCGCGGCUCGACAUCCAGCGAUGGCGGCCAGCCCACCGGACGCCGCAUGUCCCUCGCCGCCCUUGGACUCGGCGGCGGCGGCGGCCACCAGGCUGCCCAGAGCAACGGCAAGCAGCCCGAGACCCACACCGAGGGCGUGUGGUACUGGCCCUGCCAAGUUGGAGUCACCGACUGCGACGGCUCUACCUCGGAACGAGACAGUAUCGAACUUCUGAGGAAGAGUGGGACGCAGUGUAUACAGCCGGCCCCUCGCUCCAUUCCCUCGCUCGGAGCGGCGAAGCGCUCUCUCGGCGGCUCCCGCGCCAACCGCCACUCGGCGGACAUGUCGCACCUGCAGUCCAACCAGCAGUCUAACCAGCACCUGUCCGCUUCCCCGCCCAAGGACUAUGCCAUGGGCGGCAAGUUCAUGUCUGGUGUGCGUCGCCUCAGCACCAGCUUCGGCGGUUCCAAGCCCGCCCACACCCAAACUCAGACCCAGACUACCACCCAGCCCGACGACUCUGCCGCCGGCAUGGGUGCCUCCCACCCCACCUCAACCACGGCCGGCGCCACGGGUAUGGUGAACGAGGCGCGCCGCGACUCGAGCGCGGGCGUCAGUGGCGGACUCGGCGGCGGUCCGGGCGAGGAGGACGCGCGCGAGACGGGCUGGCCGGGCGUCGUCGACGGCGAGGCGCUGCAGGCCAUUGUCGUCCCGCUCAGCUCGGUCGGCAAGGCAUCCCUCGACGCGAGCUCGAAGGAAGGCUCCGUCGUCCACGUCGGCGUCAAGUCGGCCGUGAACGGCAAGUCGGGCACGCUGGCGUUCUCCUUCGGCAACGACUGGAUCGGCGGCAAGGGUGAGGCCGAGGUCCUGUACAGACGCAUCGAGGGCGGUGUCGAGAAGGCCAAGCCUAUGUUUGGCGGCGACAUGUUCAAGCUCGGCUCGUCGCGCACCCAUGGCGCAGACAAGCAGUACAACGACCAGUGGCGCGCGGACGUGCGCGGUCGGUGGUGA